AUGAGAGUCCCCUACACCGCCCUCGGCGCACUGGCGCUGCUGUUAGAGGCCGCUGGUGCGCAAAAAGUAUCGUACUCGGACACGUCAGGACUGUCCUUUUACCAGGGCACCAAGACGCAGCGUGUGGGCGGCGACCCCAUACCCACGGGCGCCUAUACGACAUAUCGCUCCAAGAUCACCCUCACAGGCGCGGCCAGCUCCAAAACCCACUCGGGGUCCAGCUCCGUGACCAGCUCCGGCUCCGUCACCGUCAGCUUCCCGACCGGCUCGAUGACCACGGCCGGCAAUCUCACGGCGACGGCUUCAGCACCCCCGGAGCCGACAAACACGCAGCCCUGCAACAACCACGUUGAGCUGUGCAAGCGAAAGUUCAGCAACAUCACGCAGGUCGGCUGCCACAACUCGCCCUUUGUGCGGCCGGGCAACUCGGGGUCGAACCAGGAGCUGCCCGUCAAGACGCAGCUGGAUGAUGGUGUGCGUUUCCUGCAGGCCCAGAUGCAGUUUCCGGCCAACAGCUCGGUGCCGCACUUUUGCCAUACGACGUGCGAUCUCCUCGAUGCCGGGCCCAUCACCGACUGGCUGAGCCAGGUAGCAGAAUGGGUGGACGCCCAUCCGUACGACGUCGUCACUGUCCUGCUGGAGAAUGGCAACUAUUCGGACCCGUCCAUCUACGUGCCGUAUAUCGAGCAGACUGGCAUCCUCAAGUACACCUUCGUGCCCACCGUCUUCCCCAUGAGCUUGUCGGACUGGCCCACGCUGGAAAACAUGAUCAUCCACGGCAACCGAGUCGUCAUGUUCCUCGACUACAAGGCCAACCAGACGGCCUACCCCUGGCUGAUGGACGAGUUCUCGCAGAUGUGGGAGACGCCCUUUGACCCCGUGGACCGCACGUUUCCCUGCACCGUUCAGCGUCCUCCGGAUCUGUCCACCGAGGCGGCGGAGGACCGACUCUACUUGAUGAACCACAACCUCAACGCCGAGUUCAACGUCUUCAGCCUCGAGCUGCUGGUGCCGGCCGUCUCGCUGCUCAACGAGACCAACGCUGCUGAGGGUUACGGCAGCGUAGGCCUGGCCGCCAACAACUGUCGUAGCGACUGGGGCCGCGCGCCCAACGUCCUCAACGUGGACUAUUAUAACUACGGCACGCCGGCAGGGUCCGUAUUCGAGGCGGCUGCAAGACUGAAUAACGUCACGUACAACAACACGUGCUGCGGCAAGGUUCAGGCGAGCGGUGCUUCGGCUCUUAUGGGUGGUGCAAGAGGUGUGUUUUUAAAUUGGGCCGGCGUCGUGUCUUUGGUUGCGUCAGCAUUAUUGAUGUUGUAA